AUGCUUGCCAACAUUGGAACGCCUGAUGUCCGCUUCCUAGUUCACCGUCUUCUAGCCAACUCUCUCCAUGCAGUCUGUACAUCCUUCAGUCUCGACGAAGCCCGGCUCAGCAAGCUUCGUGGUGCCCUCGAGUCGCUGUCUGAAGGGAAGAGCGAUCUCUUUUCCAACUUUGCGCCUACAUCAUUUGGCCGGGAUGGCGCUUCGAUAUCGACCAACCAGGAAGUCGGACCGUCACUUGCUGCAACAGAAUCCCUCGCAGCACUUUUGUUCGAGCUGUGCUCGGUGGCUGCGCCAUCAGUCGACAUUGCAAAUGCGUGGCGUGCUCGUUGGAUGAGCUUAGUGGCAAGUACGGCGUUUCAAAACAAUCCGGCCAUCCAGCCUCGUGCAUUUACGGUGAUGGGAUGUCUUGCCAGAGAGGAGGUUGAUGAUGACCUCCUGUACCAAGUCCUUGUUGCCCUCCGUACAAGCAUAGGCCGCUUUAGUGACGACAACAACAGCGACAUGAUGGUUGCCAUAGUGACUUCCUUGUCGAAAAUGAUGGCCAAACUGCCGUCGGCUUCACGCUAUGGCUACCAGCUUUUUUGGCUGGCCAUGUCCUUGCUGCGGCUAGUUCCUCCGGGUCUCUUCAAUUGCACGGCCCAGUUUCUCGAGUCGGUUUUGACCAACAUCAGCUCGUCGGGUGAGAUUCGGGGCGAGCGCAUGAUACCGUUCUUGCUACAGGGACGGGCACCUCUCGAAGAUGCAGCACUGGCACUAGACGAGGCAUACGGCGUCCAUUUCAAUAGCGAGAACUUUCAUUUUGCUGCGUGCGCAUGUCUUGUCCGGGGCUUAACCGACACGAUGACAAAGUCAACAGCCCUUCGCGUGCUGUCUACACUCCUUGAGCUGACCAGCUGGACACCAAACGAGAAGGAAACGAAGGUGGCGGACAUGAGCGGAUCGCCAUAUUUGGCGCUCAUCCUAGCGCGUGUCGGGAGUGUGGAAGAAUUUAAGGAUAGCCUCUGGCAUGUGGGAAUCAGCCCCAUCUCUCUGCCAAGCUUGGCACAUGUGCAUUCGAUCCAGAAUGUGUCUGCCAUGAAGGAGAAAGACCUGUUGUUGAACACAGCGAUGGAGCUUGUCGACUUCCAAUAUCUUGAGGAUGCCUUGCAGAAUCGGACUCUUCUGUGGCUAAACGACCUGGCGCGAGAGAAGCCCAACGUCAUCUUGCAUCUGUAG